CUUGUGGAUGGAAGAUAACAACAAUCUUUGCUCUCUAAGAUCUUCAUCUGCCGAUAAACCUCUCCAUACAGUGGUACAAACAUACCGGUGUAAUCCGCGAUAUAUGCGAUCUUCUUCACGAUUUAUAAACAGUUUGAUUGUCUACCAUCGGGUCAAUAAAAUCCAUUCUGCCAGCCAAGGGGGUUGACCGAUUCGGGCAGUGGGUUGAUACACCAAACAUAAUGGGUAAUAAUGUCGCCACAACCCUUUUGAAAAUCGAUAAUUAUACCGGAGCCGUAUAUAAAGUCUUAGAGGAAUAUUGUCGUGGAACAGGAAGGGGAUUGAUAAUUAUAGGCAGGAUAGCGUGUUGCAAUUGUAACGACAUCUUUUUGAAGACUUUAUAACUCUUUCGUGGUUUGGAAUAUUGGAUCCUGCUCGUCUAUAAUGCAUCAUUUAAUGGAUCCAGCGUUGACUUGAACUGAUGUUUAGAAUUGUUCGAGAUAGUCGCCUUGUCUUCUCCAAGUGACAAGAUGGCGACAAGCCCGUCUCUUCUUCACGCAAUAACGUGAUAAUGGGGGAUAAUUUGCUCAUUCUCUUGUUCCCUAUUCAUUACUCGCAUGUAAGCUGACUUUAAUUACGGCUUAUUAAGUCGCAAAGACUCCUGUCCAUUUUAUUUGUUCAUGUAAGCAUUGGACGGUGUGUUGUUUCGCGAGUGUAUAUUUUAUAUAUAUUUGCGAGAAUUAAGGAAAACAUGCAGUCCAUAUAAGUUUGUGAUGGAGACGGAAGACGGAUUGAAGAGCUGGUCUGGAAAUAAAGAUUGUAUGGCCAUGAUGAUCCCGACGAUAGAAUCGUUAUAAUAGAACUGACGAAAAAAAGGCAAGGUUAGGACUUCAAUGCCGAAUUCAGAAUGACGACGACAGCGAUGCUACAAAAACGCAAGCGUGACAAGGCUCAGGAGCAGCUUCGGGGUCGAAUGAGACAGCGGAGAGAAGGACCUGGGACCUCAUCAACACUACUCCAAACCAGGCGAAGAAACGCUUUCCGCGAUAGCGGUAAAUUAUCAGGCGGUAUGGCGAACCAACCAACAUCAAUAUCCGUGACACCGGGAGAUCUGCUGGGUAGUAACUACACGUCUUGGCAACCUAAGAUGUCACAUUCCCCUGGUGAGGGUGGGGUUGUUUCGGAUCGAAUGUUUUCUCAAGUAAAGGGUGCUGAUCCAGUCCCGAUGGGUGAACUGAUCAAAAGAGUACUGCAAAGGAAAGUGGAUAACCUGGAAUUAGGCUCGACCAUCUUGCCUCUUGGGAGCGUCAAGUCUCGUCAUGUUCCGUAUGCACUCCGUCACAGCUCUCAUGUCAAGAAAAUUGUAGGGACGAUGUCCAAACAAAAAGCGAAAGAGAAUGUCAACAAACCCGUCGUCGUCGUCGUCGACAACAAAGAAACUGAUGCCAGAAGUAAGCAACGUCUUUUAGGAAGUCACGCCAAAGUAAAGAACCCGUUAAAACCUCUACGGCUGGUUGAGAGUAAGCCUUGUCUACAGGAUGAUCCUAUAAGAUGUGAUGCUUCCAAAAUAUCCACAAAGACGGAUGAGCGUCGGACAUCAUCAAGUGAUCAAUCUUGUCCUAGUCUGAGAGUUACAAGAGUGAAAGAGACGACGGGUGCGAAGGUGGCGCUGCAGCAUCGCGACUCAAGGAAGCAAACCUUGAACAAACCGACGAUGCAACAGCCAAAGCCUCUACCGGCGAUCAAAUCCGCCACUUCCGGCAAGCUGGACAAGAACUUGACGAGUCGUUUGUUGGAGGAUACAGUCAUCAAGAGCAAAACAAGGUGUUCUUCGGGUGAUGACAUCAUCAACCUGAAAACAGCCCAGUCGGAGGCGAUCCAGAAACUCGAAGAUAUGGGCCAGCCAACAUUGCUUGGGACACCGAGGAGAUUCACCCAUAGGAUGGUGAGAUUCAAGAGUGACCUAGGUAAGGUGGACAAACUGUCGGCCAUACAAGAAGAUAAAGGACUCGCAAAGGCCAGCAAGGAAUCUGCUUUGAAGGAAACCCCGUCGAUACGAGGUACGAGGUCGACAUCUUUGAAGGGUAUUCUGUCAAACGCUGCUUCCGUUUCGGAGAGGACCGCAGACGUUGGGUGACAAAGGACAACACCGAUGGCCUCGUUCUUUCCAAAAGUUUGCGAAUAAUUAAUGUAGAUAUCCAUAUGGUUAGUGAAUAUACAUUCCAUGCAUGAAUGCCUAAUGAUAAUUGCUCCUGUUGGUUAAAAUAGCCGCUUGAAACAUGACAGGGCAAAUGAUAAAAUUAACAUGACGCUUUUUAGAUGAAAUAUUUUGUUAUAAAUAUAUAUUUAUGCCUAAAUUUAUUGACGAUGUUUGAAAAUAUAGAAUUAUCUUGAUUCUAACGAAAUAGAAAAGCACUUGACCUUCCACACACCAGUUGUUCUUAAACUAUUCUUGGAAGAGUCACGAAGAGCGUAUACUUUAUCUUAUUGGUCACCCUUUAUGUAAUUUUUUUCUGAACUUUUGACCAUUUCUCCUUGCUCAUAUCUUGCCAAUUGUAAUUAUGCGUAUACUUAAUAUAAGAAAAACUGAUUAACAGCCGAGGGUGACCAUUAAUUAAGAAGUAUAAAAAAAUAUAUAAAUACAGGGGCUGAACCUAACGAGUAAGAAUUAAGUGCUCGCAAGGAUUACAGCCUUACAUUUUGAAAAUGUGGUCACUUUUAGGUCCAUUAAUUACGAGGUCAGUUCCAACUUUGUUCUAAAUCUACAUGAAAACAGAGUUGGUAAUAUCAUAAUAUCAUGAUUAAAGGGAAUAUUUUCUCUGAUAAAAACGUGUUGACCUCAAGUUUUAGAAAAACCUAGAGAAAACGCACAAACUUCCAUCUAAUCUUCAUAAUAUACCGUACACUUUAAACUGACAAACAGAGUUAAAACAACACUCGGGUGUUAAAAUUACACAGUGGGGUUUGAAUAUAAUACCAUGUGUCAAUUAUAACAAACAGAAUAACACCAAUGGGUGUCGAACUAACACCAUAGCAUUAACACUGGUUUAAUGCUUUGACUGGUCAUCUCAUAACACCAAAUGGUAUAUGUUGUGGAAGAGCCGCGGUGUAGUGGAGUGGUUCUAACUCUCGCCUUGUAACUAGAGGGUCGUUUGUUCGAAUCCCACCGCGGUCUAUAUAGCGUCCUUUGGCAAGACGUUAAUCCACACUUUACCACUCUCGACCCAGGUGCU